AUGAGCAUGCUCGAAGAGAACUUGUACUGGACGCGCAUGUGGAUUUUGCAGGAGUUCGCCUUGGCACAGCGACAGCCGUUGUUGCUCUAUGGUGGUUCUACGUUAAAAUCUAGUCUAGCCUGUAUUGCAUGGGCUAAGAAAGAUGGCGGGUUGGUUUCUGAGAUGAAGCGCACGCUUCAAGAACUCGGAGAGAGUCCGCCGUCGGAUUAUAUGACAAGCAUGGAACUUGAGAAAAUUCAGGACUCUGUCUCUCACUUCGGUGAGAGCGUGCGGUUCUACCACGGUGCAUCUCUCCAUUUGGGAACUCGAGAACAGUUCCAACAGGGCGACAUGACGAUGUCAUGGCUCAUGGUAAACACAUACUGGCUAAGGUCGAGCGAUGUUCGGGAUAAAGUCUAUGCCCUCUACUCGAUGGUUCCAGACUCGUACAAGCUGCCGAAGCCAAAGUAUGAUGCCCCCGUAGACGAUAUACUACGGAGCGUCGUAGUGCGUGUCAUUAAGACGGAGCGCAGUCUACGCAUCUACGACUGGAUUUCACCGUCUCGGCUCGAGAGUGGCUUCCCGUCAUGGACACCAGAUCUCAGUGACGUCGAUGAAUGCUACAAACGUUGGUCGUACUGUUUUUUAAGAUCGUCUACAUUCAGACGGGAUGGUGAAGAAGCAUGCGGUGGAAUGCCCGCUUCCGUGAGCGUCUCCUCGGACGGGCUCGAACUCGUGGUAGGCGGCUUCGAGUUAGAUCGGAUCACGUCCGUUGCGGAUAUACCCAGUGAGGAUGAACCAAGCCAAUGUCCAGGACUUUGGGACUUCGUAUCCAAGUUUCAGAGCAUUUAUGCCAAACCGAGCAAAGAGGACUUGGAGCCAGACGCUGCGAGAGGAAUUGGAUAG